AUGACUUCUGUCCCCACAGCCAACUGGAACAUGAGCAUGAGCAGCAGGUGGAACACGAGCUUUGCUGCAGCAGGAGAUCCCUGGGGACAGGCACUGGGAGUGCCAGCUGGAAAUGCUUCUGCCCCUGUAGCAUCCUCAGCAGCCAACUUCUCAAAUCAGUUUGUGCAGCCCUCUUGGCGCAUUGCCCUGUGGUCUCUGGCUUAUGGUGGUGUAGUGGCAGUGGCUGUUUUUGGAAAUCUCAUUGUCAUCUGGAUUAUCCUGGCUCACAAGCGCAUGAGGACAGUGACCAAUUACUUCCUGGUGAACCUGGCCUUCUCCGAUGCCUCCAUGGCUGCUUUCAAUACUCUCAUCAACUUCAUCUACGCUCUGCACAGUGAGUGGUACUUUGGAGAGGCUUACUGCCGCUUUCACAACUUCUUCCCAAUCACAGCUGUCUUCGCCAGCAUCUACUCCAUGACAGCGAUAGCUGUGGACAGAUACAUGGCCAUUAUUGAUCCCUUGAAACCUAGGCUCUCUGCAACUGCUACCAAGGUGGUCAUUGGGAGCAUAUGGAUUUUGGCUUUCCUGUUGGCCUUUCCCCAGUGCCUAUACUCCAUAACCAAGGUGAUGCCUGGGAGAACUCUUUGCUAUGUAGCAUGGCCAGGUGGUCCAAAACAGCAUUUUAUGUAUCAUGUCAUUGUGAUUGUGCUGGUCUACUGCUUUCCACUGCUUGUCAUGGGCAUCACUUACUCCAUAGUGGGAAUUACCCUCUGGGGAGGAGAAAUACCAGGAGACACAUCCAACAAAUAUCACGAGCAGCUCAAAGCUAAGAGAAAGGUGGUAAAAAUGAUGAUUGUGGUUGUGCUGACAUUCGCGAUCUGCUGGCUGCCCUACCACGUUUACUUCAUAGUUACUGGGAUCUAUCAACAAUUAAAUCGGUGGAAAUACAUUCAGCAAAUCUAUUUGGCCAGCUUUUGGCUUGCCAUGAGCUCUACAAUGUACAAUCCCAUUAUCUACUGCUGUCUUAAUAAGAGGUUCCGAGCUGGCUUCAAGCAAGCUUUCCGCUGGUGCCCCUUCAUUGAGGUGUCCAGCUACGAUGAACUAGAGCUCAAGGCAGCCAGGUUUCAUCCCACCCGUCAAAGCAGCCUAUACGCUGUGUCCAGAAUGGAGUCCAGCAUGACAAUGGUGUUCGACACUAAUGAUGGAGACAACACCCACGCCAGCCGUAAAAAAAGAGCAGCUCCGAGGGACACAACCUUCAAUGGCUGUUCACAGAGGAAUUCCAAGACCAUCUCCAGAGCCUCAGGUCUCAUCAGUUCACUGAACACAUCAGCAGGUGAUUACUCCUAA